GCUUUGUCAAUGCUGCGACACUUCAAUGUGCGUCUUUGUCCUCGGGGACUAGCCUUCACCUCAUGGAUAUCAAUUUGAACAUUUCGAAACCCCUCACCUUGAUACAUCUUCCGUGUUUACCACCGUGACAAUGAACUGUUAACCCAUCAUUCAGCCAAUACCUUACAUUCUCCUCUUCAUUUCAGAAGUCAUUCAUCGAAGUUGAUCAGUGGUGCUUGUAUAGUAUCAGGUUAGACAUGAACGAAGACAAAGUUGAGCCUCGCAGCACGGAGAAGAAGUCGCUUGGAAAAUGGGUCCAAAGUCACUUUCACCCAAGGCCAGCGGAUGAUGACGGACCCCAAGACUGGUGGGUUGCGUCCACUGCAAUCCCAUUAAUAGCAGCUACGUCGGCACCUCUCGCGAACCUUAUGUCGAUCAUUGCACUUGUGAUGCCGUGGAAGAGCAAACUUCUUGGCCGAACCGACUCAUCCGGUGCCCAGGUGCAGGAACUCAUGCGAGACCCUCGAUGGUGCAUAGCACUUAAUGCUACGUCACUUGCAUGUGGGAUCGCCGGCAAUAUUUUCCUGCUCUUCAACUUCACGCGGACUAUGCGGUAUAUUAUAGCCUUGCCCGCAUCUAUCAUUCUCUGGUGCUUGUCCACGGCUAUCCUGAUUGGUAUAACGGCCGCGACACAUAUCUAUGACAGUCCAGUACCGCCUGAUGAGACAUACUCCCAGGCAUACUGGAGUGCGGUCAUCGCAGCAGCUCUCUAUUUCUUGCUUACCGUCAUUUUGAUGAUCAACAUGUGGGGAUACGUUCGCGGACACUAUCCGCAGUAUUUUGCCCUCACUGACGGUCAGAGAACGCUGAUCUUGCAGACUACCGCAUUUGUGGUAUGGUUACUAAUAGGCGCUGCAAUCUUCCAUGCGGUCAUCGACAUUUCAUUUGCAGAUGCACUCUAUUUCUCUGACGUCACGAUUUUAACCCUGGGUUACGGCGAUAUCACUCCUCCAACUUCCGUUGGGAAAGGCCUGGUGUUUCCUUAUGCGGUGAUGGGCAUCAUAAUACUGGGCCUUGUGGUAGGAAGUAUCCAUGACUUUGCCCGGGAGCUGCAAUACGACAACGUCGUGCGAAAGCAUGUUGAACGAAAGCGGCAAGCAACCAUUCAGCACUCCAUUUCCCUGGAACCAGGUUCAGAAGCGCCACAUCUUGAUUUUACCCCAAAGAACCUACGAAAGUCAGGCAAGCGAAGCACUAUCGACGCAUUCUCUCUCGUCGGCCGACCAAAGGUCCUUAUUAUGAGAGAAGAGAAAGACCGAUUCGAUGCCAUGCGUGCGAUUCAGUACGAAACUGUCCUUUUCCGUCGGUGGUACAACCUGGUUCUCAGUCUCAUUAUGUUUGGAAUAGUCUGGACGUGCGGUGCUGUCGUUUUCUGGAAGCUUGAAGACAUCACUUAUUUCGACGCAUUAUACUUCGGAUUUUGCUCGCUCCUGACGAUCGGGUAUGGGGAUUUCACACCAACAACCAACGCAUCGAGGCCCUUUUUUAUCGUCUGGUCCCUUAUUUCCAUUCCCACCAUGACAGUUCUGAUCUCGGAAAUGAGCGACACCAUUGUUCUCGCAUUCAAGCACGCCACCAGCGUUUUCGCAGACUGGACCGUCCUCCCGCAUUCGGGGAAAUACAGGAAGUUCCUUCGCAGGUUCCCAACCAUAUACGCUGCUCUCCAGCGUCGCGAAGAAAAAAGACGGGUGGCCCAAGGCUUUCACGUUGGUGUGGACGAUGCAGAAAACGGGACCAGCCAUCCACACAACAGCUCAGAACACCCCCCCGCAAGAUCGAUCGAAGAACUCGCCAGCGAACCAGACACAGCCUCAGGGAAUGCGUCAGGAGCAGCCUCCUCAGGCUUCCAGCUUGCACAGCAACUCGCAUAUGCGAUCCAGCGAACGACCAAGGACGUUGUGGCGGGAGAUCCGAAACGAUAUAGCUACGAAGAGUGGGUAGCGUUCACGCGACUCAUUCGGUUCACGGAUCCAAGCCCCGACAGAGUAGAAAUACACGAGGAUGACUAUGGCAUCCUGAACUGGGACUGGAUUGGCAAAACGAGUCCGAUGUUAGCGACGGAGACCGAGCCGGAGUGGGUUCUAAAUCGGCUCUGCGAAAGUCUGAUUCGGUAUAUUGAUAUCCAGGCACGAAAUGCAAGCACGACAAGGGACGAGGAUGAGCCGACAUUAAGAAAACAGAGAGAGAUCAGAUUCGAGGAUGAAUAAAUAACCAACCCUUCAUGUACAUACUUUUUGAUCUAUGUCUAUAACCACACCGAGAUAGAACCCCGGUAUUC